AUGGCCCGGGAGCCCAUGCCAGCUCGCACGGGCUUCCCAUGUGACCCCACAUUCUCAGGAACCACAGAGCGAGUAUGCCUGGUGCAGGGCACAGCAGAGGCCUUGAACGCCGUGCACAGCUUUAUUGCCGAGAAGGUCCGAGAAAUCCCACAGGCGAUGACCAAGCCUGAGGUGGUCAACAUCCUUCAACCCCAAACCACAAUGAACCCCGACAGAGCCAAGCAGGCCAAGCUGAUCGUCCCCAACAGCACGGCGGGCCUGAUCAUCGGCAAGGGAGGCGCCACGGUGAAAGCCGUGAUGGAACAGUCGGGGGCCUGGGUGCAGCUGUCCCAGAAGCCAGAGGGCAUCAACCUGCAGGAGCGCGUGGUGACGGUCAGCGGCGAGCCCGAGCAGGUGCACAAGGCCGUGAGCGCCAUCGUGCAGAAGGUACAGGAAGACCCCCAGAGCAGCAGCUGCCUCAACAUCAGCUACGCCAACGUGGCUGGCCCCGUGGCCAACUCCAACCCCACCGGCUCACCGUACGCCAGCCCCGCCGACGUGCUGACCGCGGCGGCCGCUGCCUCGGCCGCUGCU